AGCACAAGCCGGACAAGCCAUCGUCUCAGGAAGCCACCGCCCGCCCCGGCUCCAGCUCCGGCUGGAACUCGAACCCGGCUCGCCCAGUCCGAUCCCGGUCGCGUCCAUGCUCCCCGCCCGGAUGAAUCCGCAGGUGCAACCAGAGCGCGGCGGGUCUGGUCAGGGCCCGGGGCAGCUGGGGAACCAGCAGCCCCAGCCACCGCCACCUCUGCAACCCACUCGGAAAGCUGUGGAGUUGGUGCUGGUGAAGGAACAGAACGGGGUUCAGUGCGUCCUUGCGUCCCGAGGCGGGGAUUCACAGCCCCGGGAGACCUGGGGCAAGAAGAUCGACUUCCUCCUGUCUGUGAUCGGCUUUGCAGUGGACCUAGCCAACGUUUGGCGCUUUCCCUACCUCUGCUACAAGAAUGGUGGCGGGGCUUUCCUGAUCCCCUAUACCCUCUUCCUCAUCAUCGCUGGGAUGCCUUUGUUCUACAUGGAGUUGGCUUUGGGCCAGUUCAAUCGGGAAGGGGCUGCUACUGUGUGGAAAAUCUGCCCAUUUUUCAAAGGUGUUGGCUAUGCUGUUAUCCUCAUUGCGCUAUAUGUGGGCUUCUACUACAAUGUCAUCAUUGCGUGGUCUCUCUACUACUUGUUCUCUUCAUUCACCCUUAAUCUUCCCUGGACCAACUGUGGCCACCCCUGGAACAGCCCAAAUUGCACAGACUCGAAGUUCCUCAAUGGGUCUAUGUUAGGCAAUGGAACCAAAUACUCCAAGUAUAAGCUCACACCGGCAGCUGAAUUCUAUGAGCGUGGUGUGCUCCACCUUCAUGAAAGCAAUGGAAUCCAUGACAUUGGCAUGCCCCAGUGGCAACUCUCUCUGUGCCUGAUGGUGGUUGUCAUCAUCCUCUUUUUCAGUUUAUGGAAAGGAGUGAAGACAUCAGGAAAGGUUGUUUGGAUCACAGCCACUUUACCCUAUCUUGUGCUCUUUGUGUUGCUGAUUCAUGGAAUCACACUACCUGGAGCCUACAAUGGAAUCACUGCCUACCUGCAUAUUGAUUUCCGAAGACUGAAGGAGGCCACGGUAUGGAUUGAUGCAGCCACUCAGAUAUUCUACUCAUUAGGAGCUGGAUUUGGAGUUUUAAUUGCAUUUGCUAGUUACAACAAAUUUGACAACAACUGUUACCGGGAUGCUCUGCUGACUAGCACUAUCAACUGUGUCACAAGUUUCAUCUCUGGGUUUGCCAUCUUCUCCAUAUUGGGCUACAUGGCUCAUGAACACAAGGUCAAGAUUGAAGAUGUGGCAACAGAAGGUGCUGGCUUGGUUUUCAUCCUUUAUCCAGAAGCCAUCUCCACCUUGUCAGGAUCUACUUUUUGGGCCAUAGUAUUCUUCAUCAUGCUGUUGGCCCUGGGGAUCGAUAGCUCGAUGGGAGGCAUGGAGGCUGUCAUCACCGGUCUUGCAGAUGACUUCCAGAUUCUGAAGCGGCACAGGAAGCUUUUCACAUUUGCUGUAACCUUUGGCACCUUCCUGCUGGCUCUGUUCUGUAUCACCAAGGGUGGAAUAUAUGUUUUGACAUUGCUGGAUACAUUUGCUGCGGGGACCUCCAUCUUGUUUGCUGUUCUAAUGGAAGCCAUUGGUGUUUCAUGGUUCUAUGGUGUGGACAGAUUCAGCAAUGAUAUUCAGCAGAUGAUGGGGUUCAAGCCAGGACUCUACUGGAGGCUCUGCUGGAAAUUUGUGAGCCCAGCCUUCCUAUUGUUUGUGGUGGUUGUCAGCAUCAUCAACUUCAAGCCUCUCACCUAUGAUGACUAUGUCUUCCCUUUGUGGGCCAACUGUGUGGGCUGGGGUAUUGCCCUCUCCUCCAUGGUACUAGUGCCUGCCUAUAUUAUCUACAAAUUCCUGAGCUUGAGGGGCUCCCUAAAAGAGAGAUUGGCUUACUGCAUCACUCCAGAAAAUGAGCACCACCUUGUGGCACAAAGGAACGUCAGGCAGUUUAAGCUCCAACACUGGCUAGCCAUCUGACUGCACUCACCUGAGGAGGAACCCUAUCUUCUGUGACCUGUUCAAAUG